UCUGCUGCAUGCCUUGGAUACAUGCUCCUAAUCGGCUUACGAGCUUUCCUUGACCUCCGCUUCUUUUCCUAGCGUUGAUCUGGCUAUGGCUGUCCUCAAAGUAAAAUUCACCAAAACUAAGAGGGACAAAUUGGCUCAGAUCUUAUGGAUCCUCAACUGGGUCUCUGUAGUGAGUGGCAUCAUUCUCUUCAGUCUUGGCCUCUUCCUGAAAAUAGAGAUCAAGAAGCGCAACGAAGUGAUGGCAAAAGGGGACGUGAACUCUGUCCCCAACCUGCUGAUGUCCGUAGGGGUCAUCGCGUGUAUCAUCAACUUUCUGGGUGGCAAAAUCUGCUAUGACUGCUCAGAUGCCAGCAAGUUCUCCCGAUGGAAACUAGUGAUGCUCCCAUACAUCGUGUGUACCUUCUGUUUUACCUUCUGCAUCCUGGUGGGUGCUCUCAUGUGCUACACCAUGAGGAACGAGCUGGAAGAGUCUCUCUACCUGGGACUGAGGGAUGCCAUUAAGUUCUAUAAGGACACAGACAUACCUGGACGAUGUUUCUUAAAGAAAACGGUGGAUAUGUUACAAAUUGGAUUCCAGUGCUGUGGAAACAACGGCUUUAGAGACUGGUUUGAAAUUCAGUGGGUGUCUGCUCGUUAUCUGAACAUGGCUUCCAAGGAAGUUGUGGACCGCCUGAAGAGCAACGUGGAUGGGAAGUUCUUGGUGGAUGGAGUACCCUUCAGCUGCUGCAACCCCAGCUCCCCACGGCCCUGCAUCCAGUACCAGCUGACCAACAACACCGCUCACUACAACUACGAUUUUCUGACAGAGGAGCUCAACAUCUGGGUGAAGGGGUGCAGAGAGGCCCUGCUGGAUUACUUCACAGCCAUUAUGAGAUCCAUUGGCAUUGCAGCGCUGCUUAUUUGGUUGUUUGAGCUCUCUGUGCUCAUUGGUGUUCGGUACCUGCAAACAGCAAUGAAGAACGUCCUUCUGCUGGGAGACCUGGAGGGCGAAUCAGAUGGUUGGUUACUAGAAAACAGCUUUGUGGAAACUGCCAAAUACAACAUCAGUAUCAUCAAGAACCUGGGCAAAGCCAACCAGAUCUCCACAGUCUCGGGCCUGAACGACCCCAACAUUGACGUUCAAAACACAAACUGCAGCAAACCCAAUAUUACAACAAAACCUAUCCCAGCAGCUAGCUAGGCAGGAUGCUAGAGAAACAACAUCACAAAUGUAGCUCUCACAUAUUGCAGUCUGACAGGUACCAGAUUUUUCACUGGUGAGGCAGAAAAAUAAAGGCAGGGGAACUAGUAAGACAAUGGGACAAACCAUGGACCAGCGCCAGCUCCAGAACCACAGGUGCUGCUUUGCCUGGAUGUAUUUUCACUCAUUCUCAUGAAAACACUGCACAAAGCAAACUUCUGGAAUCUUCUCCACGUUCUCUCUCUUGCUUUCAAACUCCUGGCAUGGUCUGAAUGCACAAGGCAAACGUUCCAGAGAGGAUGAGUCUACAGCUGCUAACAUGCAGAUUGGUUUCCUAGGUCCCAACAAAGUUUAUCAUUACUGUCGUUACACCUGUAGAAACCUCAGCAGCAGGGAACUCCCAGAAGGAGUUAUUACACUGGAUAAAAAGGAUUCUUUAAAUAAACAGGUAAAAG